UGGAGGCCCUUCACACGCACCCCACAGCUCACCCCACCAUGGCCGUGCCCGGUGACUUUUUCGCACUCGUCCUUCUCUGCGGGCUAGGGCUCUGCCUUGCUGCUGCUCACAGACCCUCAGGAGUGGAGUGUGUUGUCUUCAACGAGGAGUACAUGACCUGCAUGUGGGGAAGUAGAGAGGCACUCACAGCCAACUACUCCCUCUAUUACUGGUACGAGAACAGGUCUCCUGUGGUGGAGUGCAUGCACUAUCUGCAGGACCAAGGCAUCAAUGUUGGCUGCCACUUCAACCAGAGUGAGAUCAUCCAGUUUCAGCCUUUCCGUGUCCUCAUCAAUGCCACUCUCGGCGGUAAGACCUUGGAGAUCCCCAGUGAGCGCAUGGAUCUGCAGGACCUAGUGAAACCAAAGGCACCUGUCAACUUGACCAUCCAUAACAUGAGCAGCAACCAGCUGCAGCUGACCUGGACCUCCCCCUACCCCAAAGCCCAGUGCCUGGAACAUGCUGUCAAGUACAAGAGCAACAAGGACACCAGUUGGACGGAGCACCGGGUGAAAGGAGCGGUCUUCUCCUUCCGCGUGGACUAUGAGAAGUACUACACCUUCUAUGUGCGCAGCAAAAUCAACAACUACUGUGGCAACACCCAGCUGUGGAGUGAAUGGAGUGUACCAGUGGUCUGGGGCAACAACUCCACCAGCAAGGGUGCUGCAGAGGAACAGCUGCACUGGUUCUGGAUUCAGACUGUCUUGAUCCCUGUUGCCUCCUGCCUGCUCUUGCUCAUCCUGGUCAUCCUGCUGGUGCGCAUGGAAAGGGUGUGGGUCAUCCUCAUGCCCCGAAUCCCCAACCCCAGCAAGAACUUUGAUGACCUCUUCAUCACCCACAACGGCGACUUCCAGGAAUGGGCUGGAGUCCCCAAAGACCUUGUGGAGAGCCUGAAGCCCAACUACACUGAGAGCAUCUGCUAUGUGAGUGAGCUGCCUCCUAAGGACAGCUAUGAGAGCCUCCAGGAAAGCAGCAACCACUCACCAUCAGUGAUGCCCCAUAAGCACAGCCCCUACAAGAACAUCUACAUGGGAGUGUAAUGCAAUCCUGCACCCCUGCUCUCCACAUGCUCCACACCUCUGCUGCCCAAACCCUCACUGCCUGCAGGCCUCACUCCUCUCUCACACUCUGCCUCCACCAAAAGCCUGGGUCCCCCAGCCCAGUUCCCUGGCCACACUUAUCCCCUCAUGACACAGCAGGUGCUAGGUGAGUGCAGUGUCCUGGCUGCACUGGGCAGUGCACAGGAUGUGGCACAUAGCACCCUGUAUGCACUGUUAGACAGGGUGCUCUGUGUGAUACAUCAGGGUCAUAGGGUUCUGCUUUAGAUGCACUGCAUGGUGCUCCAGCAUCUGCUGUCUUUGGAGAGUGCAGGAGGGCAGGGUGACAUCCCACCACAAGCUCUGCUGUAUGCAGGAUCCUUUGCACGGUUGCCACGACAGAGCAAAUCUGUGGGAGGACUGACACACUCCCACACUGCACUCCUAUGGGCCCCUGUACUGGGUGUAUUGGAGGUGCAGGGGGCUGGCCGAGCCCCCAUCCUUGCUCCCAGGUGCCUGCAAGCACCUCCAGGGAUGUGUUCCGGCAAGGGGGCAUCCCAGGGGCUUGACCCUCACUGAUGCCCAGCUGCAGCCAAGCAGGCAGGAGCCACCGGCUGACCAACAGGGACACCGGAGCUGAGGAGUGCUAAGGGCCAAGAGAGGCCAAGCCACCGUGUCAGCCUGGCCCUGGGAUGCUGUCCACAGGCUACAAGCAAGCCCCGCUGUCCCACUGGGGCAUCGCCACCCCAGGGCCCGCACCCCCGUUCUCCCCCUGCAAUAAAGCUCUGCUGUGCCACUG